AUGUAUGUGCGUGAGGCCUGGACGUCUGUGCGUGAGGCCUGGAUGUAUGUGCGUGAGGCCUGGAUGUAUGUGCGUGAGGCCUGGACGUCUGUGCGUGAGGCCUGGAUGUAUGUGCGUGAGGCCUACUGGGAGUUUCUUUUUGAGAACCAUGUGACAUCACCUCCUGACCCUCAGAACCAUGUGACAUCACCUCCUGACCCUCAGAACCAUGUGACAUCACCUCCUGACCCUCAGAACCAUGUGACAUCACCUCCUGACCCUCAGAACCAUGUGACAUCACCUCCUGACCCUGCGAACCAUGUGACAUCACCUCCUGACCCUCAGAACCAUGUGACAUCACCUCCUGACCCUGCGAACCAUGUGACAUCACCUCCUGACCCUGCGAACCAUGUGACAUCACCUCCUGACCCUGCGAACCAUGUGACAUCACCUCCUGACCCGGAAAGUUUGGGUCUUCUUGCUGAAAAAGAAGCCGUGGGCAGAGAGGGACUGCACAGGUUCAUGGGGGAGAAGUCUGAGGCCGUGACCAGCAGAGUGGGGGGGCUGAUCUGCAGGAUCUUAGGAGUAAAGAGCAGGAGGAGCAGGAGGAUCAGGAGGAUCAGGAGGAGCAGGAGGUGCAGAGAGGAGCAGGAGGAUCAGGAGGAUCAGGAGGAGCAGGAGGUGCAGGAGGAGCAGGAGGAUCAGGAGGAGCAGGAGGAGCAGGAGGAGCAGGAGGAGCAGGAGGAGCAGGAGGAGCAGGAGGUGCAGGAGGAGCAGGAGGAGCAGGAGGUGCAGGAGGAGCAGGAGGAGCAGGAGGAUCAGGAGGAUCAGGAGGAGCAGGAGGAUCAGGAGGAUCAGGAGGAGCAGGAGGAUCAGGAGGAGCAGGAGGAUCAGGAGGAUCAGGAGGAGCAGGAGGAUCAGGAGGAUCAGGAGGAGCAGGAGGAUCAGGAGGAUCAGGAGGAUCAGGAGGAGCAGGAGGAGCAGGAGGAUCAGGAGGAUCAGGAGGAGCAGGAGGAGCAGGAGGUGCAGGAGGAUCAGGAGGAGCAGGAGGAGCAGGAGGUGCAGGAGGAGCAGGAGGUGCAGGAGGUGCAGGAGGAGCAGGAGGAGCAGGAGGUGCAGGAGGUGCAGGAGGAGCAGGAGGUGCAGGAGGAGCAGGAGGAGCAGGAGGUGCAGGAGGAGCAGGAGGUGCAGGAGGAGCAGGAGGAGCAGGAGGAGCAGGAGGAUCAGGAGGAGCAGGAGGAGGAGCAGGAGGAGCAGGAGGUGCAGGAGGAGCAGGAGGUGCAGGAGGAGCAGGAGGAGCAGGAGGUGCAGGAGGAUCAGGAGGAGCAGGAGGUGCAGGAGGAGCAGGAGGAGCAGGAGGUGCAGGAGGAGCAGGAGGUGCAGGAGGAGCAGGAGGUGCAGGAGGAGCAGGAGGAGCAGGAGGUGCAGGAGGAGCAGGAGGGAGCAGGAGGAGCAGGAGGAGCAGGAGGUGCAGGAGGAGCAGGAGGUGCAGGAGGAGCAGGAGGAUCAGGAGGAGCAGGAGGUGCAGGAGGAGCAGGAGGUGUUUGUUCAGGGUUCGGGGGAUUCCAGCCUCAGGAGAAUAAAGACAAUGUGUAA